CUUUCUAAUUACUUUCAGAAAUUGCCUAUUAACCAUCUUAUUGGAGACAUUCAGAAUGACAAGUUUGAAAAGUCUUCAUCGGGAUAAAGAAUCUUUGAUUACAAGGAGGCUUCAAGUUUAGAAGAAGAAAAAAAAAUCUUUAUUCCUUAUAUGGCAUCAUUAGGCUAUUUGAGCACUGUGAAUGGAUGAUUGCACUUUAUUAUGCACAGUCUGUUUCAUGCAGUCAAGGAGCUCAGACUACCAGGAAAUUGCAACCAGUUUCUAGCAAAAGGGAGCACUUAAAGAAGAAGCAGCUUCUUUAAAUCAAGAACAUAAGUAUGGGAAAAUCAGCUUCCAAGCAAUUUUCAGAAGAAGUCUUAAGAGCCCACAAUGACUACAGGAAGAAGCAUGGUGUUCCUUCGCUAAAACUCUGCAAAAAAUUAAAUAGAGAAGCACAGCAGUAUUCAGAAGCACUUGCUAGCACAAGAAUUCUCAAACACAGUCCGGAGUCUAGCAGUGGAAAAUGUGGAGAAAAUCUAGCAUGGGCUUCAUACAAUCAAUCAGGAAGUGAAGUAGCUGACAGAUGGUAUAGUGAAAUCAAGAAUUAUAAUUUUCAAAGCCCAGGUUUUUCCUCUGGGACUGAUACUGAUGACAUCUUUCAAAAAGAACGUGAAAACAAUCUGAAGAACAUAAGUGCACAUCAACAUGAGCAAUUAGAGAGCCACUGGUCUAAUGUGAAAAUACAUUUCUUGUAGUGCAAAUAGAGUGUAAAUAAACCUGGCUAGUUUAUUUAAUUCAGUUUAAGUGUCGCCUGAUUCUAAACCAACUCUGGUUUAGUUAAAAAGCUAGACAAGAUAAGGAAGUCUAUUGGAACCAAAAGCAAAGAAUUAAAAAAAAAACUAGAGCAAAAGGUGACUGUUUCAGCUCAUGAAAGAACUGAUGAGAAAAUAUACAGCAACUAUUAGCAGUUUUAUAGAUGAAAAUGAUAAACUUCUGUGCAACAAGAAAGACAAGUUAGAACAGUAGGAGAAAUAUUUCAAAGAACUUCUAAACUACUCAGCUUGACCAGCUCUGGAUUCUAAUACUACUAAAAUUCAAUUCAGAAAUUUAUUUUGUAGAUGAAAUCUCGCCAAGAUUGGACAAAAUCCAAAAAGCCAUUAGAUGCUUCAAGAAUGAGAAGGCACAAUAAUCAAAUGAGCUGAGGCCAGAAAUAUAUAAGACUGCCGUGGUAUCCUUGUUUUCCAGACUUGAAGUUUUAUUCAGGAAAAUAUGGGAAAAUAAAACCUUGCCAAAAGAAUGGGAAAUGGCAAUUAUACCAUUAUACAAGAAAGAAAGCAAAAUGGAGGUGGACUGCUGAAAGUUAGAAUAGUAGAUGUGAAAUUCUACUUCUCAGUCUGAAUCUGUUAUCUAAAAGUAAUAAAAGAACUAGAGAAAAUCGAGCUGUAUUUAGAUCUCGGUAUAGAUGCGUUGACCAAAUAUUUGCAAUCUGACAAAAUUCAAAUUGCAAUUCCAAUAAUUGCCUGUAACACACAUAGCAUUUAUCAAUUCUAAAGCAACAUGUACCAUGACAGCAUUUGGGCAACACUUCUGGCAGAUGGAGUACCACCUAAUAUGUUGAAUCAUUCAGAUCCCUUACCUGUUUCUAAACUGUUGGAUUAGAGCAGUCUCCAGAUCAGAUCCUGAACAUAACUAAGACAGGUGAAUAUGAGUGAUUUUGUAGGCAAAAUGUUGUGUAAAAAUGCUGUAGCCAGGUUGGAGAUCUAUUUGCUUACUCCUUCCUGAAAGGGUUUGCAACCUUAAACAAAGCUACCUGCUGUUAGCCUACUGAUGGAAUAAGGAAGAACUACAAGUACCUUGCUGUCCUUACCACAACAGGGUAGGCUUGCAUUAGGACUCAUACUCAUGCUCAGUAAGGUUUGUUUUUCAUCUUCCUCUCCCAGUGCUUUGGAUGUCUCUUCUGAUGCUUCAUCUAGUUUAUUUGAUUUCUAUGGCUGCCCAUUCAUACACAGUUCCUUAUGCUGGUCUAUGACUGUUAUAAAGAUUUGAUUUGACAU